AUGGAGUCCGUCGACGCAGGCGGCGAGGUGAGGCACUGGAGCGCGGAAGUCAACGGCGUCUCCCUCCACGUCGCGGAGCAGGGCCCCGCCGCCGGCCCGGCGGUGCUCCUCCUCCACGGCUUCCCGGAGCUGUGGCUCUCGUGGCGCCACCAGAUGGCCGCCCUCGCGGCCCGCGGCUUCCGCGCCCUCGCCCCCGACCUCCGCGGCUACGGUGACUCCUCUGCCCCCACGGACCCCGCCGCCUACACCGUCCUCCACCUCGUCGGCGACGCUGUCGCGCUCCUCGACCACCUCCGCCUCCCCAAGGUGUUUGUGGUGGGCCACGACUUGGGAGCGCAGGUGGCGUGGCAUCUCUGCCUGCUCCGGCCGGACCGGGUGCGCGCCGUCGUCGUCCUCGGGGUGCCCUACUUCCCACGUGCCCCUCGCCCGGCGACGGAGAUCUUCGCGGCCCUCGGCGAUGGGUUCUACAUCUCGCAGUUCCAGGAGCCUGGAAGGGCUGAAAAGGCAUUUGCCCACUAUGACGUCGCGACUGUCCUAAAGAAGUUCUACUCAAUUGAAUUAGACAACAUCACCGCUCCUCCUGGAGUAGAGAUCAUAGACUUCUUAGAGGCAUCAUCAUCAUCCCCACUUCCUUGGAUGACUGACGAAGAACUAGGCCAGUACGCCGAGAAGUUUCAGAAGUCUGGUUUCACCGGACCGCUCAACUACUACCGCAUGAUGGACACGAACUGGAGGCUCACUGCGCCAUGGCAUGGCGCGAAGAUCACGGUGCCUACGAAGUUCAUCGCGGGUGACAAGGACGCCGGCUUCGAGUCCUUUGGAACCAAGCGCUACGUCGAGAGUGGGGGUUUGAAGUCCAAUGUUCCAGACCUUGAGGUUGCCAUCAUCGAAGGACACCACUACCUCCAGCAGGAGCAGGCCGAGAGAGUGAACACUGAAAUAUUAUCCUUCCUGGGCAAGUUUAGUGAGAAUUGA